AUGCAUCCUGUUUUAGUUGCCCGUUCUUCUUUAGAUUGGAUGCCUAGCAGGAUCAACUCCCUUUACUCUGAUGUUGGCGCUUGGAGCGGAAAAUUUAGACCAGUAAUGGAUGAGAUUGAAUCAGACGAAGCUUUAAGAUUUUAUCAGUUUUUAAACUAUUUAGAUGGAGGAAGUUUCGGAACAGGUCCAAUUGAUGAGUUUGUAGAUGCAAUGUACAGAUUGGCCAGUUAUAUGAAACAGCAAAAUAGCAGAGAAACUCAAGUGAGGGGAAUGCGUGAACUUGAAGCAAUUAAUGGAGAAAAGGGAAAUAGUAUUAAAACAGUUUUAGAAAUAAGUACUGUAAUAAUGCGUAAAAAGCGAAAAUUUUUCUGCACUGGUGAAGUAAAGGAACCUAUAGUGAAUAAUAAAAUAAUUUGUAAAGAUAGAAUAUUAUUGCCCAUUGCGGGCACCUCCUGUAGGGACGCAAUCAUGUAUUGGCAUCCCGACUUAACCGAAGAGCAUUACUGCGUUGGCGCUUUAGAAUCAAAAAGUCCAGUUCACAUCAUGGACAUUGAAGGCGAAAUGUUUUGCAAAGGAGACGACUACUCAAAGAGGGAAUACCUACUUGCUUGUGAUUUCUAUGAAGACCAGGAGGCACCUGUAGCAGAUUUACUUCAGUAUUAUCCAGACCCUGAUCCAGAAAUAAGCCCCAAAUUAUUU